AUGUCCGAUAUAGGCAGGGGUGACGUAUGUACAAUGUCCGAUAUAGGCAGGGGUGAAGUAUGUACAAUGUCCGAUAUAGGCAGGGGUGAAGUAUGUACAAUGUCCGAUAUAGGCAGGGGUGAAGUAUGUACAAUGUCCGAUAUAGGCAGGGGUGAAGUAUGUACAAUGUCCGAUAUAGGCAGGGGUGAAGUAUGUACAAUGUCCGAUAUAGGCAGGGGUGAAGUAUGUACAAUGUCCGAUAUAGGCAGGGGUGAAGUUUGUACAAUGUCCGAUAUAGGCAGGGGUGAAGUAUGUACAAUGUCCGAUAUAGGCAGGGGUGAAGUAUGUACAAUGUCCGAUAUAGGCAGGGGUGAAGUAUGUACAAUGUCCGAUAUAGGCAGGGGUGAAGUAUGUACAAUGUCCGAUAUAGGCAGGGGUGAAGUAUGUACAAUGUCCGAUAUAGGCAGGGGUGAAGUAUGUACAAUGUCCGAUAUAGGCAGGGGUGAAGUAUGUACAAUGUCCGAUAUAGGCAGGGGUGAAGUAUGUACAAUGUCCGAUAAAGGCAGGGGUGAAGUAUGUACAAUGUCCGAUAAAGGCAGGGGUGAAGUAUGUACAAUGUCCGAUAUGGGCAGGAGUGAAGUAUGUACAAUGUCCGAUAUGGGCAGGAGUGAAGUAUGUACAAUGUCCGAUAUAGGCAGGGGUGAAGUAUGUACAAUGUCCGAUAUAGGCAGGGGUGAAGUAUGUACAAUGUCCGAUACAGGUAGGGGUGAAGUAUGUACAAUGUCCGAUACAGGCAGGGGUGAAGUAUGUACAAUGUCCGAUAUAGGCAGGGGUGAAGUAUGUACAAUGUCCGAUACAGGUAGGGGUGAAGUAUGUACAAUGUCCGAUACAGGCAGGGGUGAAGUAUGUACAAUGUCCGAUAUAGGCAGGGGUGAAGUAUGUACAAUGUCCGAUACAGGUAGGGGUGAAGUAUGUACAAUGUCCGAUAUAGGCAGGGGUGAAGUAUGUACAAUGUCCGAUAUAGGCAGGGGUGAAGUAUGUACAAUGUCCGAUAUAGGCAGGGGUGAAGUAUGUACAAUGUCCGAUAAAGGCAGGGGUGAAGUAUGUACAAUGUCCGAUAUAGGCAGGGGUGAAGUAUGUACAAUGUCCGAUAUAGGCAGGGGUGAAGUAUGUACAAUGUCCGAUAUAGGCAGGUGUGAAGUAUGUACAAUGUCCGAUAUAGGCAGGGGUGAAGUAUGUACAAUGUCCGAUAAAGGCAGGGGUGAAGUAUGUACAAUGUCCGAUAAAGGCAGGGGUGAAGUAUGUACAAUGUCCGAUAAAGGCAGGGAUGAAGUAUGUACAAUGUCCGAUAUAGGCAGGGGUACAAUGUCCGAUAUAGGCAGGGGUGAAGUAUGUACAAUGUCCGAUAUAGGCAGGGGUGAAGUAUGUAUAAUGUCCGAUAUAGGCAGGGGUGAAGUAUGUACAAUGUCCGAUAUAGGCAGGGGUGAAGUAUGUACAAUGUCCGAUAUAGGCAGGGGUGAAGUAUGUUCAAUGUCCGAUAUAGGCAGGGGUGAAGUAUGUACAAUGUCCGAUAUAGGCAGGGGUGAAGUAUGUACAAUGUCCGAAAUAGGCAGGGGUGAAGUAUGUACAAUGUCCGAUAAAGGCAGGGGUGAAGUAUGUACAAUGUCCGAUAUAGGCAGGGGUGAAGUAUGUACAAUGUCCGAUAUAGGCAGGGGUGAAAUAUGUACAAUGUCCGAUAUAGGCAGGGGUGAAGUAUGUAUAAUGUCCGAUAUAGGCAGGGGUGAAGUAUGUACAAUGUCCGAUAUAGGCAGGGGUGAAGUAUGUACAAUGUCCGAUAUAGGCAGGGGUGAAGUAUGUACAAUGUCCGAUAAAGGCAGGGGUGAAGUAUGUACAAUGUCUGAUAUAGGCAGGGAUGAAGUAUGUACAAUGUCCGAUAUAGGCAGGGGUGAAGUAUGUACAAUGUCCGAUAUAGGCAGGGGUGAAGUAUGUAUAAUGUCCGAUAUAGGCAGGGGUGAAGUAUGUACAAUGUCCGAUAUAGGCAGGGGUGAAGUAUGUACAAUGUCCGAAAUAGGCAGGGGUGAAGUAUGUACAAUAUCCGAUACAGGCAGGGGUGAAGUAUGUACAAUGUCCGAUAUAGGCAGGGGUGAAGUGUGUACAAUGUCCGAUACAGGCAGGGUAGAAGUAUGUACAAUGUCCGAUCUAGGCAGAGGUGAAGUAUGUACAAUGUCUGAUACAGGCAGGGGUGAAGUAUGUACAAUGUCCGAUAUAGGCAGGGGUAAAGUAUGUACAAUGUCCGAUAUAGGCAGGGGUUAA